AACACCAUUGGACCCUUCCUUUUUCCUUACCAAUUUUCCUAAGUAAACAAACACCACCGGCGCAUUUUAGCACAACCCCCUCGCAAUAUUACUAUCGCCACACGCCUUUGCAUAAAGUUUGAAAAUUCCCGGUCCAUCCUUCCGUCUCUCUCUCUUUGAAUUCUCUCUCCCAGUUUCUGCUCCAAUUGUUUCUUCUUCCUAUUUCUGUUGCUUAUGCUCUAAGUUUCGGUAAUUUCCCCAGCUUGAAUUUCCUCUUUUUGUGUUUGGAGUUGAACGCUGAUCGCGAUCGUUCCAACUUUGUUGCUGCUGCUGCUGCCGCCUUUCCUUUGGAAGAAGCAGAGUUGAAAUCUAACGUUGAGAUGGCGACUAUGGGGAGCUUGAUUGGACUGGUGAACAGAAUACAGAGGGCCUGCACUGCUCUCGAAGACUACGGCGGCGACCAGCAGGCCUUCUCUUCUCUGUGGGACGCUCUCCCCUCCGUCGCCGUCGUUGGUGGUCAGAGUUCGGGAAAGUCAUCCGUGUUGGAGAGCAUCGUUGGACGAGAUUUUCUUCCUCGAGGCUCCGGCAUCGUUACGCGGCGACCUCUGGUGUUGCAACUGCAGCAUAUUGAAGAAGGGCAGGAGGAAUAUGCAGAGUUUGGGCAUUUGCCGCAGAGGCGGUUCACUGAUUUCUCCUUGGUUCGCAAGGAGAUUCAGGAUGAAACAGAUAGAGUGACCGGGAAAACAAAACAGAUUUCUCCUAUUCCGAUUCAUCUAAGCAUCUAUUCACCCCAUGUUGUUAACUUAACUCUGAUUGAUCUUCCUGGUUUGACGAAAGUUGCUGUUGAGGGGCAACCAGACAGUGUAGUUGAGGACAUUGAAAAUAUGGUUCGCUCCUAUGUUGAGAAGCCCAAUUGCAUCAUACUGGCAAUUUCUCCAGCUAACCAAGAUAUUGCAACUUCUGAUGCUAUUAAGCUUUCGAGGGAAGUAGAUCCUUCGGGUGAUCGAACAUUUGGAGUGCUGACAAAGCUGGAUCUGAUGGACAAAGGAACUAACGCACUUGAGGUUCUGGAAGGCAGAUCUUAUCGCUUACAACAACCCUGGGUUGGUAUAGUCAAUCGUUCACAAGCAGAUAUCAAUAAGCAAGUUGAUAUGAUGGCUGCUAGGAGAAACGAGCGUGACUAUUUUGCUACGAGUCCUGACUAUUCACACUUGGCGAGUAGAAUGGGCUCUGAGUAUCUUGCAAAACUUCUAUCCGGGCACUUGGAAUCUGUAAUUAGAGCAAGAAUUCCAAGUAUUACUUCCUUAAUAAACAAAAGUGUCGAUGAGCUCGAAUCUGAGCUAGAUCACCUUGGAAGGCCUGUUGCUGUUGAUGCUGGGGCUCAACUGUACACCAUCUUGGAACUUUGUCGAGCUUUUGAUAAGAUAUUCAAGGAGCAUCUUGAUGGAGGCCGGCCAGGGGGGGAUCGAAUUUAUGGUGUUUUUGACAAUCAGCUACCAGCUGCUUUGAAAAAACUUCCAUUUGAUCGACAUCUCUCACUGCAAAACGUUAAAAGAAUUGUUUCAGAAGCUGAUGGUUAUCAGCCACACUUGAUUGCUCCUGAGCAAGGUUAUAGACGACUUAUUGAGGGCUCACUGAAUUAUUUCAGAGGGCCUGCUGAAGCAACUGUUGAUGCUGUUCACUUUGUCUUGAAGGAACUAGUGAGGAAGUCAAUUGGGGAGUGUCAGGAAUUGAGACGAUUCCCAAGUCUGCAAUCAACUAUAGCAGCCGCAACCAAUGAAUCUCUGGAACGGUUUCGUGAGGAAGGCAAGAAAACAGCCAUUAGAUUGGUUGAUAUGGAAGCUUCAUAUCUGACUGUCGAGUUCUUCCGCAGACUUCCCCAGGAAGUCGAGAGAGCAGGAAACCCGGGUGGGAAUCCACGGGGAAACCCAAAGGACAAUCCAAGGGAAAAUCAACGCGACAACUCAGUAGCUGAGGCGGCUAUUGAUCGUUAUUCAGAGGGGCAUUUCAGGACGAUAGGAUCAAAUGUAUCAUCUUAUGUGAAGAUGGUAUCAGACAAUCUGAAGAACACAAUACCCAAGGCCGUCGUCCAUUGUCAAGUUAAGGAAGCAAAACAGAAUUUACUCAGUUACUUCUACACGCAAAUUGGGAAAAGAGAGGGCAAGCAACUAGGUGACUUACUGGAUGAAGAUCCGGCCUUGAUGGAGAAGAGGCUGCAGAUGGUGAAACGGCUUGAACUUUACAAGAAGGCAAGGGACGAGGUCGAUUCUGUAUCAUGGGCAAGAUGAACUCGACACGAAUCAUGGACAUAAUUUUGUAUGUUUAUAUACUUCACUAUAAUGACCCAUAGCAGAAUAUAGAUUGUUUAUUUAAGAUCAGAAACCUUCGGUUUUGUAAUGUUUAUUGAUCUAUUCUUGCAUUAUUGUGCUUAGCUAAAGCUUUUUCUUCCCCCCUCUGUAAUUUUCCAUUGUACAGAACCAAGGUGUGAGUUUGCAGUUUUGAAUUUAGUAGUAAUUUAGCUACAAGAACAAA